AUGACGGCCAUGUUAUCCCUCCCGCGAGACAACGCGCCCUUUCAACGCUCGCCCUCGUCGUCGUCGCUCGCCUACGACGCCUACUCGCCGCUGCGCAAGAACCAGUGCUCGCUGCCGGAUCUGCGGUCGCCGUCGCUGAGCUCGUCGCGCACCUCGUCCGUCUACUCGACGUCGGCCAGCAGCCUCUCACUCGACAAGUCGGACGAGUCGAGCAGUGAGGACGAUGGGCUGUCGUUCCCCAACUACGGCUCGGCGCGGCAGUACAAAAAAAGUGGCAGCAACAGCAGCAGAAGCGGCGGCGGCGGCGUCACCCCCAUCGACCUCGGCUCAUUAAACACUGCAAGCACAACCAUGCGCCCGGGCGCGCUCCCUUCACCCUCGCCCACCGACGUUUUGUCCGCCGACACGCCCAUGACCACGCCCGACCCUCACCCAAUCUCCGAGGAUGACACGGCAGUGCGCAAGGAACCCUCGCACCACGUCGACUAUCUCUCGUACGAGUGGCGGGAAGAGGACAUCUGGUCAUCGUGGCGGCACAUUGUCGAGCACCGCAGCGUCUACGGCGAGCGCUCCAGGCUCGAAAAUGCGUCGUGGCGAACGUGGGCCAAGGCCCAGUUUAAGCUCAAGACGGUGUCGCCCGAGACAUUGAAUUGGCUAAAGGACGUCGACGUGACCUGGCUGUACGGACCAAUGCAGCCUGCCUCAAAUCGCUUCUGCUCGCAGCAAAACUCUGAGCCUGCGAGCCGGCUGUCCAAGACCAACUCUUUUGUCAAUGGCGUCAAGAAGCCCAUUCUCAAGAAGCGCAGCAUGUCAGAGGCCAUGCUGCAGAAGUCGCUGUCUUCAUCCUCGCUAGUGCAGCAGGCCGCUGAGUCGGUGCAGGCACAGCAAACAACCGGUGUGACGCUGGACAUGCGGAGAAACCGACCAAUCAUCGGCCGAGCCACCCCUGACUACCCCACACCUUCCACACUUCCCCGGGGCCUGUUAUGGGAAGGUACCGACUAUUUCUCCUCAAAAUCCACCUCUGGCCUGCAGACGCCCGACCAUGGCGAGAAGCGCCACAUUCGCUUCGAUGACAAGGUCGAGCAGUGCAUCGCCGUCGAGUGCAAAGACGCCGACGACGAAGAGGACGACUGCAACCACAACCCCUGGGCAAAGUACCAGGAAAACGACUCGUCGUCGGACGAAGGCGUCGUCAUGAUGAAGCGCUCACGCCGCAAGAAGUCGCUCUCACGGACGGCGUCGACGGCCAGCAUCAGCACGGACAACAAAACUAUUGCCAAGCUGCCGUCAACGACGCUCAAGUAUAAAACAGACGCUCCCGACGACGAGCCUGACACGCAACAAUCCCACUCCCUUGGCUUCUGGAAGCCACGUGGACUCUCCCCGUCGCCUUCGUCGGAGACGUUGAAGCCUUCCAAUCCCUCACGCAACUUCCUGCUUGCAGAGGAUGACGAAGAGAGCGGGGAGUAUUUUGAUCCCGCAAGCGCAUAUGGCGCAAAGCGACCCAGCACACCCACUGCUUCAGAUCCCUACUCAUUACGGCGCAGCGCGUCUUCAGCAUCACUAGAAGGUGGUGGAUUCCGCAGAACACCUUCGGCGUAUGGCGUUGCGGCUUGUAAUAUUCACAUGGUCAGGGUGGGCAGGUAG